AUGCUUCGGUCCUCCAUUUCGCCCCUCCUGUGGCGGUCGGCCGCCCGGCUGGCUCCUCGGGCGCCGGCCUUCUCCUCCUCUGCGGCCCCCAUGUCGACGGCCUUCUCCUCCUCCAGCACGCCCGCCCAGGCGGCCGAGGGGUCGAUUCUCUCCCGGCGUUCCUCCACCCUGAUCAUCAGCGUGCGCGAUGAGCCUGCCCGCACGGUCACCGGGUUCGGUCACAUCCUCACCGCCACCCCGGAAACGAGCGACGUUUUCGAGGAGGGGUCCCCGCUCCGCAUGGGCGACUCCUUCCUGCUGCGCUACUACCCCUUCUCGUCGGACCCUGUCCUGAAGGAGCGCUAUCUCAAUCCCUAUGGUCGCAUCCGCCUCCGCAAGAUCCGCCACGACGUGGAUGGCUUUGCCGGGUCCGUGGCAUACACCCACUGCCCGCCCCACCUCCUGACCUCGACGCCGGCAUCGGCCGACUCGGAGGCCGCUCCUUCCGCCGCCAACCCGAGCGCCACGAUCGUCACUGCCGCCGUCAACCAGAUCAUGCUCCUGAAUCAGAUCCGCGCCGAGCGCGACAUGCGCAUGACGGGUUCGUAG